GUGAGUCUGCACGCGCUCUGCUGUCACAAACAGAAGAUGUUUGACAAGCUCACCAGAGAUACAAGCGCUCAUUUCUAACCAUUUCAGUUGUUUGUUCCGGUCGCGUUACAUAAAGAAUCUGUCUAGCCAUCUGUACUGGCAAGAGAAGAGAAGGACAGAUCGAGAAAAAAAGAGAAAAGAAGACAUCUUGUUUUGGUAGUAAUUGGCUUGGAUGGUCAUGGGGCAUAUGGUGGCCUAUGACUGAUAUGACCUUAGAAUCUGAAAAUUUCAAGAUGUCAGAAACAGGAGAAUCUGAACAUAUCCCAGAAUGCACUACGGAGGAGACUUCACCUCCUUGUUGUACCACAGACUCGGAAGACUGUCAAAAAUCCAGCCAGCCAAAAUCAGAUGAUAACCACGGACAACUCAAAAAGAAACUGAAGGCUAAAGGAAAAUUAGUUCGGAGCACCGCUGUGUGUGAUGAGUCUUUAUCCACUGAGGAGAACAGCAAGGAAAAGGAGAGCAAGACCACUGUAUCUAGUAACCAUGGUGACAGUCCUGCGUGCAAUGAGGAGGAAGAGGAGACAAGCAUCACAUCGAAAAAAUUAAGUUUAUCUAAAGAUCCCAGUCUGGAGUACACCGACUCCACAGGCAUUGAUCUGGAGGAGUUUUUAAUCACUACUUUGAAAAGCAGUCCCAGGGACAGACUGAUGCUUCUAAAACUCGAGCAAGACAUGACUGACUUUAUGACAGACAACAGUUCCUAUAAAAAGUUCCCUCAGAUGUCCUCGUAUCACAGGAUGCUGGUCCACAGGGUUGCAGCUUAUUUUGGUCUGGAACACAACGUGGAUCACAGUGGAAAAGCGGUUAUCAUCAACAAAACCUGCAAUUCCAGAAUACCAGAAAAUCGGUUUGCUGAACAUGUUCAGGAAAAGAAAACCGAGGAAAGAAGAUCAAUACUGAAGAGAGACAAUAGUCAGGAGAAAGAAGACAGUCAGCUGAGGGUUCCAUCUCUCAAAGAACAAAUGAGGAGCAAGUCAAUAGAAGAGAGAGAGGAGGAGUACCAGAGAGUCAGAGAACGCAUAUUCUCACAGGAUUCCACUUGUCUUUCUCAGAGUGUUUAUAUUGAGACCAGAGGUCUAGAUGACGGCAGUAUUCUCAGUGAGACCCAGAAAAGACGGCAGCUAUUUAGGGGUAACAGGGAUGGUUCGGGUCGGCUGUCCGGCAGCAGGCAGAGCAGCUUUGAGCUGGACUCUCAUUGGAAUGACCCUCGACCUUGGAGCAGCACAGAUUCUGACAGCCCGACAUGGACCUCUAAAUCUGCACACACUCGUUCAGACAGCAACUUCAAACUCUGCAAACCAGUGUCCGACUCAGCUCUGUCAUACGCUCCACCCAACAACAGCCCUGCUUACAUUAUCGUGCCUGCUGAGUCAUCAAUACCUCCUGGGAGCAUCUUAUUGAAUCCACAUACAGGGCAGCCAUUUCUAAAUCCUGAUGGAACUCCAGCUGUUUACAACCCACCAGUAAGUCAGAAGCCGUGUAAUCAGCUUAAUCCAGUACAGUCACAAGCCCCGCCCCCUCCACCUCAGCAGCAGCCAGUAGCAAGCCAUGGUGUCCCACAGGUUCAAUACUCCUCUGUGACAUACCUUCCACCUCAGCAGUUAAACAUCUCUACCUCCCAGCAACACCCAAUAGAACAGACUAGGGAAGACAUUACAGCUAAGUUUGGUCACAUGACCUUGAGUCGCCAGUCUUCAUCAGGGGAUCUUCCAGAUAUGUCCUCUUUCUACAUGCAAGGAGUUCCACCCACACACAGCUAUGCUCCGCCCCACCACAGUUACGCUCCGUCUCACCAUUCAGACAGUUACAUAACCCCUGGAAUGACACUGGCUCCUCCCACAGCCCCGGCCCCUCUGAGUCAGCAGAGCAGCCAGGUUUCAGUGUACAGUUACCCUGUUCAGUGUCCCAGUGCAUCUCAACAAUACACAGCAGCCAGUUACAACACACAAACAGUAUACCCGCCUGUCAUGUCAAACCAACAAGGCUGCCCUGGCAUGAUGGGAAGUCAGAUUCUACCCCAAACACAGCAAGGCAUUGUGGGACCUUACCCAUCCGUAUCCUCCUAUCAGGUACCACAGCAGCAGCAGCAACAACAACAGUCCUAUCCUGCAAUGCUGGUGUCAGGACAAGGUGGGCAGACACAGUGUUUGGUGCCCCCUGCUGGAGUUAAAGUAUACUGCAGCUCUUUGGCCUCUUCUUCCCCUCCACCACUCAGUAUGAUGGGGGUCUCCUUCCAGUCAAGUAGCUGCAAAAAUGGCUGUAGCGUUAAUCAGAACCAGUGCUGGUACUAAAAGACACUGUUCACAUAUAGUGUUAUUAUGAAUUCAUCAUAUGCAUUCAGUAUUUGUAGCCACACAAUUGUUCUCUACAGUCUGUAGCACUCGAGUCUGAUGGUAGAAUCCUUCAGAUUCAACCUUUUCUACUUUGUCAAAAACACGUUUCGAAUUUUACUUUUACAUGGACAUCGAUAGCAUCAUGUUUAAAUUGCGAUUAGAGCAUAAAUUAUACUAUUUAUAUUAUUACUUGUGUUUUGCUUAAUAUGGAUAAAAUGUUAUAUUUGAAUGGUAUGUAAUACUAUAUUUAUCUUGUUUAUAGAGGGCUAUAUUACAUAAAUUGGGAAUGAAACUAGAUUCAGUGUUUUCCGUUAUCAAAACAGUAUGUCAACCGUUUUAAAAUAAAUUUCGGUUUUUGUUUGUUUGUUUUACAGAAUUUUAUUAGGAUGUAACAUUUGACCAGACUGGACAAUAUCUAAGUGGCAUUUCUUAAAUAUAUGGCCUUUUAAAUGGUAA